AUGGAGCGUGUGAACAAGAUUUAUCAUUCAUCAAGAAAUUUUAUGUUCAAAUACAUCAUCGCGUUUCUCUGGACCAGCUUAAAUUUUGUCAUCUUCUGUAAAGCCUUCAAUAACUAUCACUAUGACGCAGAGUACUACUAUCUCAGUAAAAUUCUCGGGAACGGUUUAUGUGUUUCACGAGGAACGGCUCCUGUACUGAACGUAACGAUGGCAUUGAUAACUCUCCCCACGUGCAAAUCUUUCAAUUUACUAUUACAUAAAAGCUUCGGCCGAUGGUCUAUGCGAUUUUUGAUUUACUAUUUACAAAGGGUUAAAGUGUUGCAUUUGAUACUAGGUUACAGUUUACUGAUUGUUGCGACUAUACAUAGUGUGGCACACUUCGUGAAUAUUAUCAAUUUCAUCAGCAAUUACGAUGAACGCUACCGAGAGAUCAACUGGGCAAGUGGCCCAGAUGACAAUAUUCUACGCCUGCUUUUCGCUACUCCUACCGGAUUUUCCGGGUGCAUUAUGAUGCUAGCGCUUUUAGCAAUAGCCUAUCUAGCCAGACGUUCGAACCGUGAUCGGUUCUACAACACUUUUCUUACCUCGCAUCACCUGUUCCUCGUAUUUUAUGGCAUGAUGUUUUAUCAUCCGUUAAGCAACAUUAUUAAACAUCAGACGAACGUUGACAAGCAUAAGAUUAUGUGUGAUCUAGUGGAUAAUAACACGCUGUACUCUAACGAUGAUCUGUUGGUGUUGUGUGGAGAGCCGCCACAAUUUGCGCCCGCCAUUAAACGAGGUUGGAUUUGGCCGUUCAUGGGAUUAUCGAUCUACGUGAUUGACGCUAGCUUUCGCUACCUUACGUCUCAUUCCGAAAACCUUCGGGUAUCGACUGUUCAGGUCUAUGCGAUGGCAGGACACGCGGUACAUCUUCGAUUGCAGUUUCAAAAACAAUCGAUUUCGAAAAUCCUUCCCGGUCAAUAUUUACUCCUUCAGUGUCCUUUGAUUUCAACACUUGAGUGGCAUCCUUUCACAAUAACUGAGCUCCCGGGUGAGGAAAAAAAUGAUUUUGCUCUCACGAUCAGAGUACGUGGAGACUGGACGGAGGAGCUGUACAAUAUAGUUGUUCAGAGGGAGCAGUGCAGGAGGACCAUUGGCGGAGUUGAACCAAUCCGGCGAAUAGAGUUUCUUCUAGAUGGACCAUAUCCAUCUGUUAUGAGUAACAUGCUGGAUUGUAAGAGAAUCCUUUUCAUUGGUGCAGGUAUUGGCAUAACUCCAUUUGUAACAAUCAUGCGACUAUUGAUACGCACCAACGUUGAUCGUCCGGCCAGAGUACAUCUUGUGUGGGUUGCCCGCAGUUUGGAAACGUUUCUCUGGUUCACAGAUGAGAUUUCACGUUUGCAAGAAAAGUUUUGGAGUCAGAACAAGCCAGAUAGAUUUUUGGUGAAGCUCUACUGGUCGCAAAACUACGACGAGCAUUUGCUAGCUGAAUGUUUUGGUGAUAUGCCAUCGAUUAAAUCGAGAAUACAUCGUGGCCGUCCAAACUGGAAUGAGGUGUUCAUGGAUCUGAUAACACUUUAUCCGAAAAAAUCUGUGUCUGUGUUCAGUUGUGGGCCUAAAGAGUUGACUAAAGAAAUACGAGCAAAGUGCAAGGAAUACAACAAGCAUGGUUGCAAUCUGAGUUACUUCCACGAGGGAUUCGGAUAAUGUGUGCGAAAAUAUUUUGACGAUGUUGUCGGUAUUGUAAUGCUAUGUUUCAAAUACAAGCGAGCA